AGAUCUCGUGCCUUGUACUUGUGUGCUUCUGUAUGCUCAUAUCUCAUAUGGCAUUGAACCACAACCACACUCACUUUGAAGAGUAUCAACAUCAUCACACACCACAACCUUCAUCAGAUUCUUCUCUACUCAUAUUUGUUAUUGUCCUGCCUCUCAUACCGGCCACACUUUUCAUACUCAUUACCUACUUAUCUUUUGUUACAAAAUGCUGCUCAAAUUGGCACCAUGUUAACCCUCUAAGAUGGAUCUCCUUCCUGCGGAUGCAGAAUCCCAAUAAUCCGCAUCCACAGGAUGAAGAUCCCUUCAUAGGAUUCUCUCCAAGGAUGCUCAACCUUGGCUUAGAUGAAUCUUCCAUCCAAGAAAUCCCAACAUUUCAGUUUACAAAAGAUUUUCAAAGCAUCUCUGCCUGUGUGGUUUGUCUGACAGAGUUUCAAGAAAGGGAAAUGCUCAAAGUUCUUCCAAAUUGCAACCAUGCAUUUCACUUCGAUUGCAUUCAUAUUUGGCUUCAAACCAAUGCAAAUUGCCCUCUCUGCAGAACAAGUAUCUCCGGCAACAUGCAGCUUCCAACUGACCGUAUCAUAGCCCCGAGUUCUUCCCCUCAGGACUCUCAGUUGCUCUCUAACAUGGCAAGUGAUGAAGAUUUUGUGGUCAUUGAAGUUGGAGCAGAACAUGAAGGAAUUACAACACUGCCACAGAUGCAGCAACAAGUGAUGAAUAAUGACUCAGGGGAAAGCAUAGCACACAGUAGGAGUUACUCUAGCUUUGCAAGGAAGAAACCAUGGAAGUGCCACCAUGUUUCAAUCAUGGGAGAUGAGUGCAUUGAUGUUGGAAAGAAAGAUGAUCAAUUCUCUUCUCUUCAGCCUAUUAGAAGAUCCUUUUCAAUGGAUUCUGCAAAUGAUAGACAAGUUUACUUAGAUGUUCAAGCCAUUAUUCAGCAAAAUAGGCAUAAUCAGAAUCAUGCUAGUGCCAGUGAAGAUUGUAAUAGCAGAACCAGAAGAUCAUUCUUUCCGUUCCGUUAUUGCCGUGGAUCCAAAAGUGCAAUCAUUCCUCUGGAAAAUGAGGUUUAAUGUAACAUAACCUUUCCUUUUUCCAAAAAAAAAAAAAAAUCUUUAGCAUUUUGUCUUUCUGUUUUCUGAAUUUCCAGUCCUUAAUAGUGACAAAAAUGGACAUGGGCACAUGUUAAGUAUUUGCAGAGUUUUAGAAUUA